GUUGCGGCCAUCUUCACUCCGCCGUCUCUUCUCGCGGUAACGUUAGUGUACUGUUAGCUUGCUAGCUAACCCCAUCGUUUCCAGGUUUCGUGUCGAUCUGAAAAAAAAGAAAACGAAGAGAGACACAGAAAGGCUACGCAGCUGAAUACUUUUUAAAUCCAGGCUGCAUUGAGGAGCGGGACAAUGCCACACAACUUCCAGCCCGGAGACCUGGUCUUCGCUAAAAUGAAGGGGUACCCCCACUGGCCAGCCAGGAUUGAAGAUGUGGCUGAUGGGGCUGUGAAACCACCUCCUAAUAAAAUCCCUAUUUUCUUCUUUGGGACACAUGAAACAGCAUUCCUUGCACCAAAGGAUCUUUUUGCCUAUGAAAAGUACAGUGAACGCUAUGGAAAGCCCAACAAAAGGAAGGGAUUCAAUGAAGGUUUAUGGGAGAUCCAGAACAAUCCACAUGCCUCCUACAGCGCCCCACCUGUAUUCAAACUAGGGCAUCCUGGUGACCAGCAGUUUAAGCCAGCCAGCUCAUCUGACAGCGAGGGCAACAAUGCCGGAGGAGGAAGUGAUGAGGAUGAGGAUGAGGAGGAAGCCGCGGUUGCUCAGAAAGCAGACUCAGGAAGUGAGGUCGACUCAGAUACUGGGAGUGAAGACCAAGGAAGGGGAGGAGGAGUGAAGCGAAAGCCACCACCUGCUAAGCGGCCUCCCCCUCCAAAAAAGGCUCGAGGCUCGUCCAGUGACCGGGAUAGAGCGGAGAGUGGAUCUCCCUCUGAAUCAGAUCCUACACCUUCGGAGUCUGACUCCGGCAAGAACAGCGACCAGGAUUUUACUCCAGAGAAGAAAUCUGGUGGACGAGGUGGGAAGAAAGCAGGAGGCAGAGGGAAGAAAAAGAAGGCUUCGUCUGACUCGGACUCUGAAUCGGGUUCAGGGUCUGAGAAGAAAGUAGUGGACAGCGACUCAGAGGACGAGAAGCCUCGACCAGCUCUGUCUGGGUCUGAAUCCCAGUCCGGCUCAAAGUCUGAGUCAGACUCAGACCCACCUCCCCGGAAGGGCCCACAGGCGCGCAAGAAAGAAAAGCCAGCUCCAAAGCCCCGUGCACGGAAACCCAAACCCGCCCCGGCAAAGCGAGCACCUUCAUCAUCCUCCGACAGCGACAGUGACAGUGAACCCGACUGCAUUAGUGAAUGGAAGAAACGAGAUGAGGAACGCAGACGAGAGCUGGAGGAGCGCCGGAAAAAGGAGGAGGCAGAGGAGCUCCGCAGGCUACGUGAGAGAGAGAAGGAGGAAGAGGAGAAAAAGAAAAAAGACAAAGACAAAGACAAGGGUAAGGGGAAAAAAGGAAGCGACAGUGACAGCAGCAGUAGCUCAGACGAAGGUGUUGAUGAUCACCCACUAAAGAAGUCCAAGAAACCUCCUCCACCUCCAAUCCCUGCGCCCUCGGACUCUGAUUCUCCACCUCUGGCCGAGGUAAAGAAACCAUCCAAGAAGCCUGAUAACCAGAAGAAGGCACGAAUAAAGAAAGAGAAGGAGCGAAAAGAAAGGAAGGAGAAAGAGCUAAAAGAGAAGAAAGCAAGACGGUCGGAAGAAAAGUCCAGAGCGAGGUCUAAGCCUGAAAAACCCAAACGCAAACCGGAGAGGCCGCCUGAGAAGAAAGUGGAAAAGAAAAAGGAGCCAUCACCAGAAGAAAAGCUACAGAAACUCCACACAGAUAUAAAGUUUGCACUCAAAGUGGACAACCCAGACAUAGAGCGGUGUCUACAAGCACUGGAAGAACUUGAGGCCGUGCCUGUCACCAGCCAGCUCCUCCAUAAGAACGCUGAAGUUAUUGCCACUCUGAAAAAGAUUCGGCGGUAUAAAGCCAGCACUGCAGUCAUGGAAAAAGCUAGUGACGUCUAUAACAAGUUAAAACUUCGCUUCGUGGGUAAGGGGGAGGUGGCAGCUAAACCUAAAACAGAGAACAAGGAACCAGAUGAUAAUGAGAAAGAGACACAAGACACAGACUCCAUUCCAGUGAAUGGAGAUUCAGAACAGAAAACAGAUGAUAUGGAGGUAGAAGAAAAACCAAAAUCACCUGCCCAUGAGGAAAAUAAUGACGAUGCUGCUUCCAGUCCAAACAGACGGAGCCCAGAGAGCCCUGCUGAACAACAGACUCAUACAUAUGAAGAAGCAGAAGACAACUCCAUCUCUGCAGAGGUGGAACCACCUACUGUAGAAAGUUGAAAGACCCUUAACCACCACUGAAGUGGACCAAGUGCUAAAGAUGUGGCCUCUUUGUUUGACGUCAUACAGUGGUCCUGGCCCAACAACACGCCCAGCAUUUCCUAUAGUAUCUGUUACGUCAAUGUUGAUGUUUUGGACAUUUUGUACUAUAAUGAUAUCAAACCAGAAGGCCCCGUUGCUGAAACCGUUUGGUCCAUUAUUUAUCACAGCAAAAAGGAAAGCUUAUUAGUGUGAUAGUUUGUGGCGCUGCACGACUCCCCUUUUUGUUUCUGAAAUAUACUUUUCCUUUUAUACGACACUCAGCCCGUCCUGGAUCCUCACCCUGUACCCCUGCUCCUGGCUAAUUUGUUCUUUCUAUCACAUGAACUCUUACUUUGGUCUUUCAUACAGUAUGUAUAUUGAAUGAUUGCAUUUUUAGCACUUCUAACCGGAAUUUAGGCUGGGGUAGUAUGAGAUGAAACUUGAUUCUUGUGCGGAAAUCGGGUAGAAAUGCAGCCAUGCCGUUAAUUUUCUGCUUGAAAUAUGUUGUGCAGCCCUUGCAUCAUUUUUUUUUUUUUUUAUAUAUAUAUAUAUAAAGCCUACGAAACAUCACAAAGGCCUCUUGUCUGUGUGUAUGGCAUUGUGAGAGUGGUAAAGUACUAUUUGUGAGUGUUAUCUAUUUUUUAAUUAUCUGGUCUUGAUCCAGUUAAUCCAGUCUGAAAUGUAAAGCCAUUAAUUGAGUCAACUGUUUUCCAACUGAGGUCCACCUACUUUUUAUAGCCUUGUUUGCAAAUAUUUGCAUCUACAGUUUUGUCUAAAAUAAUAAUUGCUGUGGAGUUGAACACCUUGCACUCGUCUCCCCAUAGUGUCUGCUUUCAGUAACUCGCAUAAUAAAUGGAAUAACUGUACAGAUUGAAAACUGCCCUUAAAAGCUAUUAAGAUCUCAUGUAGCUGCAGCCUGUUUUGCCAUUUUCCUGUCACAUGCAUACAACAGGUGUUUUUAGUGCUAUGUAAAUUGGUAAAGCAUUUCUAUCACUAAGUUGAGACUUGAAUAAAAAUCUCAGCAUGG